CGAUGGUGUCGCGCUGAGUGGCUUCUCAGGCUCAGGCCCCGAAAAGCUCAGGAAUUGGCCCCAGGUGUCCGUAGCGAAUGCCCGGCCGGGUACCAUUUCCAUAUUAGCAAAUCCCAAGCGGCGGUGCGAUCGGCAGCUUCUCAGUGCUCCGCUGGCCAGGCCUAACGAGUCGAACGCGGAACUAGAGAGCAGGCUAGGCCCGUGCGGGGCUGUUGCUUAGCAGGCCGGGCCUGGCUUUGGGCCCCGGGCCUCCCAGCCGGGGACUUUGCGCCUGCGCCCGUCCGGCGGCUGCCGGCUCUCCCGGUGCGGCCGCGGUCCCAGCAGCAGCGCGCCGCCUGGGUGGCUGGGCGGUCCAUGGGCAGCAGCGAGGGCCACGAUGACAGAUUACGGCGAGGAGCAGCGCAAUGAGCUGGAGGCUCUAGAGUCCAUCUACCCCGACUCCUUCACAGUAUUAUCAGAAAAUCCACCCAGUUUCACCAUUACUGUGACAUCUGAGGCUGGAGAAAAUGAUGAAACUGUCCAGACUACCCUCAAGUUUACAUACAGUGAAAAAUACCCAGAUGAAGCCCCUCUUUAUGAAAUAUUCUCCCAGGAAAAUCUAGAAGAUAGUGAUGUCUCAGACAUUUUAAAACUAUUAGCAUUACAGGCAGAAGAAAACCUUGGUAUGGUGAUGAUCUUUACUUUAGUGACAGCUGUACAAGAAAAAUUAAAUGAAAUAGUAGAUCAAAUAAAAACCAGAAGAGAAGAAGAAAAGAAACAAAAAGAAAAAGAGGCAGAGGAAGCUGAAAAGCAAUUAUUUCAUGGCACUCCUGUUACAAUUGAGAAUUUCUUAAGCUGGAAGGCCAAGUUUGAUGCAGAACUCUUGGAAAUUAAAAAGAAACGAAUGAAAGAAGAAGAACAAGCAGGAAAAAAUAAAUUAAGUGGGAAACAGCUCUUUGAGACAGAUCAUAAUCUUGACACAUCUGAUAUCCAGUUUCUGGAAGAUGCUGGAAACAAUGUGGAGGUAGAUGAAUCUCUGUUCCAAGAAAUGGAUGACUUGGAGCUAGAGGAUGAUGAGGAUGAUCCAGACUAUAAUCCUGCUGACCCAGAAAGUGAUUUGACUGACUAAUGGACUGUCCCCAGCUGCAGAGAGGUGUGACUGCCACAGCAUCUGUGGUUGUGCUGAGGUGUUGAUUUUUCUUUCUUUUUUUCUAAGAAAAAAUAAUUUUCAGGAGAAUAUUCUUCUGAUAGCUUUCAUCAUUGAACUUAAUAAACUGACCUUAAAGUUUCAAAUAUAAAA